ACGACUCUCCCAAUUGCAGCGAGCGAGGGAGGGGAGGACGCACUCUGUCAAAAAACGACCUCGCCGCUGACCGCAACCGGACAUCGUGGAAGGCAUCCUUGCAUUUUGUACAGAUCAGAGGGAGUUUUUGUAUCCGGGUCGUGUCCUGUCGGUGCAGGGCGGGUGAUUGAGAGUUGUUUCUCCCUGUAUCUGUAACCCAGGGCGGUCUCCAGCGCCGCUGUUGUUGCUGCUGUCAUGGCGCUCGCUGCCGGGGUCGCCGCCAUCGCCACCGGCACCAGCAGGAAGAAAGUGUGUUAUUACUACGACGGUGACAUCGGAAACUACUAUUAUGGUCAGGGACACCCCAUGAAACCACAUCGAAUCCGUAUGACUCAUAAUCUGUUGCUGAAUUAUGGUUUAUACCGAAAGAUGGAAAUUUAUCGACCACAUAAGGCUACAACUGAGGAGAUGACAAAGUACCAUAGUGAUGACUAUGUCAAAUUUCUGCGGUCAAUACGACCAGAUAACAUGUCAGAAUACAGCAAACAGAUGCAAAGAUUUAAUGUUGGAGAAGAUUGUCCUGUAUUUGACGGAAUGUUUGAAUUUUGUCAGCUAUCAACGGGAGGUUCAGUCGCUGCAGCAGUAAAACUCAAUAGGCAACAGACUGACAUUGCAAUCAACUGGGCUGGAGGCCUUCAUCAUGCCAAGAAAUCUGAAGCAUCAGGUUUUUGUUAUGUCAAUGAUAUUGUUCUCGCCAUCCUUGAAUUACUGAAAUACCAUCAGAGAGUUUUGUAUAUUGAUAUUGACAUUCACCAUGGAGAUGGUGUGGAAGAGGCCUUUUAUACAACGGACCGUGUAAUGACUGUUUCAUUUCAUAAAUAUGGUGAAUAUUUCCCUGGCACAGGUGAUCUACGGGACAUAGGGGCUGGGAAAGGUAAAUAUUAUGCUGUCAACUUUCCAUUGCGAGAUGGAAUUGAUGAUGAAUCUUACGAACAAAUAUUUAAGCCAAUUUUGACCAAGGUUAUGGAAAUGUACCAGCCCAGUGCUGUUGUACUUCAGUGUGGGGCUGAUUCAUUGUCAGGCGACAGACUUGGGUGUUUCAAUCUCACAUUAAAGGGUCAUGCCAAAUGUGUGGAGUUCAUUAAGACUUUCAACUUGCCUCUCCUGAUGCUCGGAGGUGGAGGAUAUACAAUUCGCAAUGUUGCUCGUUGCUGGACAUAUGAGACAGCUGUAGCGCUGGAUACAGAAAUUCCAAAUGAGCUACCGUACAAUGACUAUUUUGAAUACUUUGGGCCAGACUUCAAACUACACAUCAGUCCUUCUAAUAUGAUGAACCAGAACACACUGGAAUAUAUGGAAAAAAUAAAAUUGCGUUUGUUUGAAAACCUACGCAUGUUGCCUCAUGCUCCUGGUGUCCAGAUGCAAGCAAUCCCAGAAGAUGCUAUUCAAGAAGAUAGUGGAGAAGAGGAAGAGGAGGAGGAUACUGAAAAACGGAUUUCAAUUCGAGCAUCUGAUAAACGAAUAGCUCGUGAUGAGGAAUUUUCAGACUCUGAAGAUGAAGGAGAAGGAGGCAGAAGAAAUGUUGCACUCCAUAAGAAAUGUACCAAGCGGGCCAGAAUUGAUGAAAAGAAAGAGCCAGAAGAAAGAAAACAUGAUAUCAAAGAGGAAGACAGACCUAAAGAUAGCAAUCCAGACAUAGCAGAUGUAAAGGGGAUCAAGUCUGAACAAACCAUCAAAUAGAAUGAGAAAAUGCUGGAAAUAUUUACCAGGUUAGGUAGCAUGUUACCAGAUAAAGUUAUAAUUUCAGAUCAGUGGUCUUUCAUCAGAAUCUAUGAACAUUGGAGCCCAUUAAUGAAGCAAAUGGUGGUCAUAUCUCAAAGAAACAGUUCUGUUUUUGAAGACUAAAAGAUAUUUGUACUUUUUCAAGUGGACCACAUAUUUAUUUCAAAACUGGGCAUUUGUGUUGGUCAGAUUUUUUUUCUUGACAUUCUUAAACAAGUACAAACAGUCCUAAUUAUGAAAUUGAAAGAAAGAUUUGGGUUGACAACAACCCUACCAUGUUGCAAAUAAUAGCAUUUGUAAUUAAUGUUUUUUAACCAAACGAUUUUGCUUUUAAUUGAGCUAUCUGUUACUUUGUUGAACUCUUUUUAUUAUCUUUUACAAAUGUUUGUAAUUAAAUGGUAUAUAACUAAAUGGUGCAGGAGUGUGUGUGAUUGUGUAAGACGUUACACUGUGAUAAAUGUUAAAUACCACCGUGGUUUCUCACUUUGUAAUUUAAUGACAUCUUCAGUACUACUUUAGUAUUUUCACUUAGCACAACAAUACAAGAAGGACAUUCUGUUUGUGAGCAGCACCAAUUUCAAGCUAAAAUGCUAUGCAUGUGAUCAACAUAAUUUUAGGCAUUUUAAGGAUUAGAGCUAAAUUCAUUAUUGUGACUGAAAUAAUGGAAUUCUGUUUUGCAUGUGACUGUAGACUUGGCAAAUGCUUGGUGUAGCAAUGCUGUCAGCUAUCUAUGUGGGGAAAUCAUUUGACAAGAGGAAUAUUACUUUGAGGGGAAAAAAGGUUCAUAGCAUUUAAUAGAGUUUGGUUUCCCAUGCCCUAAAAUCUCUUGCCAUUUACAUCUUCAUCUCUUGGCUCCCAUAUGCCCCGUAUCCCAUAUUCUGUCCCAGAAUCACUUAUCAUCAAACUUAAGUGGUUUCAGUAUAUUGUCAUUUUAUUUUUGGUUGAGUAACUGUAGGUAUCUUGCAUUUAGAUAUAGUAUUUCUUGUCAUAAAAGCAACACGCCUUUUAAAACACUUUGAAAAGUCAAUACACAAGUUCAUUUGGCGGUUCCUCAGUGUGCUACUCUAGAAAGGCAGGGGGCUAGAAUAGGAUCUUUGCUAUUAUAUUAAAAUUGGAGAGCAACUUUGGAGGAUGCACAUGCAAAGUUAGAGUGAGUCCAGACAUUGCUAUCCUGUUCCUUCAGAAAUUGGCUCUCGAUUCAAACGCUUUGAUUACUAUAACGUUGCUUUGCUGAUAAAAAAACACUGUGAUGUGUUGCCCUAAUUGCUACAAAACAAUAUCUUUGGCAUUGCAAAUUACCUUUUUCAAGUGUGUUUUACAAGUUUGGAGUCUUUGUGUUCUGUUAAUAGAGAUUAUAAAAAGGUAAAUACGUUUUCUGUUUACUUUCCCUUUUUUAUUCCUCCUAUCUCUUCAUUUAAUCUCUUUUGCAUUCUGUGCCGAAUUUGUCAUUAAAUUAAAUAUUCUAACUGA